GAGAGUGAGGAAAAAUCCCGACCCGAGCUGAUCGAAGCCUUCCAACAGAGCCCCCGGAGGGAGGUCAGGAAGGAGGACGACGAGGCCGCGGGGGCUUCUCGCUGUUCUGCCGGGAGAAGUCUGAACUGGGUGGGAGAUCAGAAUAUUCGGAACCCGGAGCAGGUAGUGAUCAUGGAGACCGACUUGGCCGACAAGCCUAAGAGAGCUCUGUCUUCCCAGGACUCUCCCUUUUCCCCAGAGCAGAGCACAGAAGAGGGAGAAGUGGCAGCUCUGCGCCUCACAGCUAGAUCCCAGGCAUCAGUGACGUUCAAGGACGUGGCCAUGGACUUCACCCCAGAGGAGUGGGGAAAGCUGGAUCCCGCACAAAGGGAGGUGAUGCUGGAGAACUAUAAGAACCUGGUCUCGCUUUGGCUUCCAGUUUCUAAACCUGAGAACUACAAUUUGGAGAAUGGAAAAGAACCAUUGGUGCUUGAGAGAAAAGCCCCCAAAAGCAACUACUCCGACCUGGAGAUUAAACCUGAGGGCAAAGACUCAACUUCAGUGCAAGAUCUUUCCAAUGAAUCAUGCCAGACUGCAAUAAUAGAUAGACUGACAAGAGAUAGUGUCUAUGACUCCAGCUUGGAAACAGCUCUUGAAUGUGAAAACUGGCUAGAGAAUCAGCAAGGAAAUCAGGAGAGACACUUGAGAGAAAUGCUCAGCCAUGUGAAUUCACUCCCCGAAGAAAGAGCUCUCGAGCAUGAUGUUUAUUGGAAAAACCUGAGUCCGAAGUCUGUUCUCACUCAAGACAGAGCUCCCAGAGGAUCCUAUGCCUUCCAUACCCUUGAAAAAAGGUUGAAACAGAAAUCAAACUUAAUGAAAAAGCAAAGAACCUGUAAAGAGAAGAAACCUCAUAAAUGCAACGAUUGCGGCGAACUCUUCACUUACCAUUCAGUGCUUAUCCGACACCAGAGGGUCCAUACUGGAGAGAAGCCCUAUAGCUGCAGUGAAUGUGGGAAAUCUUUUAGCCACAGAGCUAAUUUGACUAAACAUCAGAGAACUCAUACUAGAAUUCUCUUUGAAUGCAGUGAAUGCAAGAAGGCCUUCACAGAAAGUGCAUCCCUUGCGAUACAUCAGCGAAUUCACAUUGGAGAGAGACCGUAUGAAUGCAGUGAAUGUGGAAAAGGGUUUAAUAGAAGUACACAUCUUGUGCAGCAUCAGUUGAUUCAUACUGGGGUGAAGCCUUAUGAGUGUAAUGAAUGCGAUAAAGCUUUCAUUCAUUCAUCAGCUCUCAUUAAACAUCAGCGGACUCAUACCGGAGAGAAACCCUAUAAAUGUCAGGAAUGCGGGAAAGCCUUCAGCCACUGCUCAUCCCUUACUAAACAUCAGAGAGUUCAUACUGGAGAAAAGCCAUAUGAAUGUAGCGAAUGUGGGAAAACCUUCAGUCAGAGUACACAUCUUGUUCAGCAUCAGAGAAUUCAUACUGGAGAGAAACCCUAUGAGUGUAAUGAAUGUGGGAAAACCUUCAGCCGGAGCUCAAAUUUUGCUAAACAUCAGAGAAUUCAUAUUGGAAAGAAACCAUACAAAUGUAAUGAAUGUGGAAAAGCCUUCAUCCAUUCAUCAGCUCUAAUUCAACACCAGAGAACUCAUACUGGAGAGAAGCCCUACAGAUGCGAUGAAUGUGGGAAAAGCUUUAAGUGCAGCUCAUCCCUCAUCAGACAUCAAAGAAUUCAUACUGAAGAGCAACUCUGAAAAAUUACUAAAUGUGAAGAAAUGGUCCCAAUCAAGGAGGAGAACUGAAGCAACUCUGAGACACAAGGAUACACCUUCCUGUCAAAUAUGGAAAAUAGUUCACAGGACAGUGACUCAGUGGAGGAUAACAGCUUCCCUCCAUGAAGAAGAGGUUGCCAUUUCUCUGGCUUUCAUGUCUACCCACAUUUUGUUGUUGUUAUUGUUCUCCCUAUAUGUUUUUUGGGCUAUGUCCAAGAGCCCUAAAGAAGGUAGAAGAGGCAUGAAACCACGUGAUAAAUUACACCGGUGAUCAAAAACAAGUGGUGGGAUUGGAAAUGCAGAAGCAAAAGUU